AUGGCCACCUAUUCCUACCCUGAGCAGGAAUUCUCCGAAAAGAAGGUCAUUGACAAUGUCCUGAGCGACGAGUCCAGCAAUGACAACGAGGAAGUGGCCGAGAUCAUCAAGAAUUGGGACGACAAGGAAGAGGCCCGAGUCCGUCGGAAGAUCGACCUCAUUCUCUUACCGGUCCUCGGGCUCGCCUUCUUCGGUCUUCAGGUCGAUCGUGGCAACAUCAGCGCAGCCUUGACCUCCACCAUCACGGAAGAUCUGCACAUCAACACCAACCAGAUCAAUGUCGGUACCCAGCUUCUGUCCGCGGGAAUCGUCGUCAGCGAGAUCCCUUCAAAUAUCAUACUUCAGCGUGUGGGGCCUCAAGUCUGGUUAUCGGCCCAGCUGGUUGCCUGGGGCUUGGUCGGUGUCUUUCAAACUUUCGUGAAGUCAUACCCUGCCUUCUUGGUUACUAGAUUGCUGCUGGGCUUGCUGGAGGGCGGUUUCAUUCCUGGUGCUCUCUACUAUCUCUCCCAGUGGUACAAACGUGACGAGAUCAGUUUCCGCACAACGCUCUUCUUCUACGGCCAGAUGUUUGCAGGUGCUACAUCGAGUCUCAUCUCUGCCGGAUUGUUGAAGCUCUCGGGAAGGUGUGGGCUCGCAGGAUGGCAGUGGAUCUUCUUGAUUGAGGGUCUCAUCACCAUCGUCGCCGCUAUCCUGUUCAUCCUCUUCAUCCCCAAGAAGGCCGGCGACGGUAGCCCGCUCGCCAGCAUGGGCCGGUGGAGCUACUUCAACGCGCGCGAAAAGCAGAUCAUCCGCGACCGAGUUCUUCUCGACGACCCGCUCAAGGCCCGUGGCGACCGCAUCAAAAUCACUGGCCGCGACGUCUGGGACACCGUGCGCAAGCCCACCGUCAUCCAGCACUUCAUGAUCACGCUCGUCUCGAUGUCUGCCUUCCAGGGCUUGAACCAAUACGCUCCCAGCAUGAUCAAGUCGUUCGGCUUCAGUGCCGUCCGCGCCAACGCUCUAGCCAGUGUCGCGGUAUACGCGAGCAUCGUCUGGCUGACCAUUCUUGCUUGGCUCUCAGACAAAACCGGCAAGCGUGGCAUCUUCGUCCUGCUGUGCAUCACCUGGAACGUCAUCUCCUACACCUGCCUCCGCACCAUGCCCGAUGACUCUUCCCGUUGGCACAAAUACGCCGUUAUCACAAUUGCCAACCUUAUCUACGCCAGCAUGCAUGUACUGAACAUCGCCUGGCUCGGCUUUCACUGCAAAACCCCUCAAGAACGAAGUGUUUCCAUGGCGUUGAUCGUCAUGGCCGCCAACUGCGCCGGUAUCUCGGGCUCGCAGAUCUUCCGGACGUCGGACAAGCCACUCUAUCGUCAUGGAUUGACUGCGAUUGCCGCCUUGGCCGCGGCCUCUUGGGUUCAGACGUUGGUGUUGAUUCUGUGGUAUGCGUUCAAGCAGAAACGCGCCGGGGUUAAAGGGUCGGUCUGA